GGGGGCGCGGUGGGGGCGCUGUGCCGGUGAGUCACGGCGAGGAGGUGACGGUUGGUGUCGGUGGGUGUCGCGAGGUCAGGGUUGGGUCGGGUGGCGCGGUCGGCCUUGGCGAUGGACGUGGACGGGGCUGUGGCGGCGCUGGGCGGCGGCGGCGGCGGCGGUGAGCGGGAGACGGAGGAAGCGCUGCAGCAGUUCAACAAGAAGAAUAGUCGAACGUUCACAUUUGAUCUAAUGGAGGAAGAAAAGAGAAAGAAACUAUGUGACGAAACACUGAAAAUGCUGCAGACGAAUUUGGGGCCUUCUUGUCAAGCCACUUGUUUGGAAACCAUCCGUAUCCUGUCGAGGGAUAAGAAGAUUUUGGCUCCUGUAACUACCAAGCCAGCCAUGCUUACUCUACUAAAAUUGGCUGGAUUAGAAUACACCCAAACCCCCGUGCAGGAGAUGUCAGACUUUGCUGUCAUUAUUGAGGCUUUAAAAUGUCUGUGUAACAUCGUGUUCAACAGUGAGACGGCGCAGCAACUUUGUGUGGAAUUUAAGGUUGCCGCUGGAGCUUGUGAGCGUUUAAAGAUGCACAGAGACAAAAACAUGGCUCAAGAGAUUAAGUUCUUUGACGUACGUCUCCUUUUCCUGCUGUCUGCCCUGCGGAUGGAUCUCAGAGCUAAGCUAAUGGAAGAAUUGCGAGGACUGCCGCUGUUGAUAGAUGUCCUUGAGAACACACUGAAUAUCAGAUGGUCGGAUAAGUAUGUGGUGGCCACUGAUCAAAGUGAUACUCCGUUGACUCAAGAGCAGAUGGAUUUUGCUAUGGAGUCACUGAAAACGCUUUUUAACGUCACCUAUGACUGCAACCGACAAGAAGUCGAUGAAGAUGCAGCUCACCAACACCGCCAUCUUACUGCCAUUCUAUGCCAUUGUUUAUUGGCAAAGACACAAGCUGAAGACAGAACAGAAGAAUUUCACAGCCACACAAUCAAUCUUUUGAACAACAUUCCAGUGACAUGCCAGGAUGUCCUCUUCAGCCCCAACAUACAAAAUGGAAUAGUCAGUUACAAUGGGAAGAAAAUGGAUGCCGUUGAAGUUUUGUUAGGUUUCAUGGAAAAGAGAAUAGACCGGAGUUCCAAUUUAAGAGAAGGGGUGACUCCAGUUUUAAGCCUGAUGACAGAAUGUUCCAGAUGUCACGCAGAUAUGAGGAAGUACAUCCGUUCAAGGGUGCUGCCUCCUUUAAAAGAUGUAACAAAUAGACCUGAAGUUGGCACUACAGUUCGAAAUAAGUUAGUACGUCUUAUGACCAACAUUGAUACUGGAGUGAAGCAUACAGCAGCAGAGUUCCUUUUUGUGUUAUGCAAAGAGAAUGUUGACAGCUUGUUAAAGUACACAGGUUAUGGCAAUGCUGCAGGGCUGCUUGCUGCCCAUGGCUUGCUGGCAGGAGGGAGAGGAGAAGGUCAAUACUCUGAUGAUGAAGACACUGAUACUGAAGAGUACAAAAGUGUAAAAUCUUUUAUUAACCCAAUCACGGGACGUGUUGAAGAGCCAAUGCCCAAUCCAAUGGAUGGAAUGACAGAGGAACAGAAAGAAUACGAAGCAAUGAAACUUGUCAAUAUGUUUGACAAGCUUUCCAGGGAGCAGAUAAUUAAGCCAAUGAGAGUAAAGCCAGAUGGCACAAUGGGUCCCCUGGAAGAAGCAGUUAAUGACUACACCAGCGAUCACAAUUCCUCUUCAGAUUCAGACUAAAAUGCCUCGUCUUCCAACUGAACAUCUUCAGGAACCUAUAGCAACCAUACCCUUCUUUUCUGUUGUACCACUACAAGGUGUAUUCACCAAAACAUUUCCAGCUUGAAAUGAAGAUAUUAGUACACUAGUUUGUUAGCUAUGCAAAAAAAAUGAGGGCUUGCAUUUUCUAAUUUUUGUAUUGACCUCCUCACAAUCCCACUUUGUGGUACUUUAUGCUGUCACUUGAAAAAAUUGCUGAAAAUCUGAAAUUAAUGGUUUAGGUAUUCUCAAAUUAUCCUGAAGCAACUGAAACCAGAGCUUGGUGGGGUAGGAGGAUAGGCAGAUAAUACAUUAUGGGAUGUUUCCCUUUAAGUGCAGAACAGAAAGUUCUCUAGGAUUUGCAAACUAUGUUUAGACCCCUGGGAAACUGUGCUGUGUUUCAGAAUUUAUACUGCAGCCUUUUUGUUGUGAUAUUAUAGAAACUUCAGCUGCUUCCCCUAGUACAUUUAAUUUUAUCAGCAUGAUGAAACCAAUCCCAAGAUUAAUACAGAAUCCAAUUCUUCAGCUGGCAAAGUAAUGUUUCACAUAAUGACCUUAUUAAUUGUGAGAGUAUUGGUAUACAUUGCCAUUAAUGUAGUUUUGCUUUCACAAGUUUACCACAGCAUUUACCUUGUACAAAAGCAACCUUUUCUGAAGCAAACUGCUUUAUGAAAAGGAAGGUGAACAACAGGGUUAGAAUUUGAUGAAAUUUAAUUUCAAAAUCUGUACAGAGAGCAGCAUAUUAAUGCAUAUUAUCAAUUGGUUUGUGAGCUUGAUCUGUACAAAGUGGAGAAAGCACCGAACAAAGGCUAGGUACUAUCUGUCUGGGGAAAUUAAAUAAUUUGAAUUGAAUUACAUAUUGAAAGCUAAGGUAAGGGACCAGUUGGGUGAUGGACUGGGCUUUCACCUUUGUAACUUAGCUUUGAAUCACAACGAGACAAAUGGAGAAAAAGCACAUCUCUUGUGCAUCUGUCUGUAUAGGUUCUAUGUGAAACGAAUAUUAGCACGUCUCAAUCUGGUUCCAAGCCAUUAUGCAUUCAAUUCUAAAUUUACUGUUAAUGUAUUUCUUACCCAAAGGGAGAAAACGUCAGUGCUGAAGUAGAGGUUCAAUUCUGUAUUUGUGGUUGAAGCACACUGAGGAAUAGUAAAUGGGAGUUAAAAUUGUAGAUUAUACAAAGGAGCUAAGGUCUCAGCUUUGAGUUGGUAAACACAAGUGUUAGCAAGGGAAUGUGGUGAACAAGAUUGUGUUUUUAGCCAGAGUGUAGGCAGCUUUGGUGCUUUUAUCACACAGAUGGGCACAACUUCAUGGUUCGUAAAACUUUCUCUUAGUAAUUUGUUUCAAUCCCCCCAAAUUCAAUUUGGUAUUGACAUAAUUUUUUCCUUUUUUAAAAAAAAACUCGACAAUCUAGAAGUUUCUAGAGUCAUUCUAGAAGUUUCUUUUGACAUAUCCCCUUGCCCCAUACACAGUGACCCAGUUAUAACUUACCCCAAUAUAGUUCAGUUUCACCCAUAGUGCGGUGUCCCUGUGAACCAGACCCUAAUGUGCAGUACAUCCAGUUUCUGGCACCAACUAACUGGUUUCCUAUAUUGUACUGGAAAACUGGCCAAGCUACUGUCAGGAAAAUACCUUGAACAUCACUUCCUGUGCAUUGUGUCCAGGAACUGGCACUGCUUCUUGCAAUUUACAGUUUACAGCAAAUUGUCAGUGGUGCUUUGUCAUUAGGAGCAAUGUGCUGACUGGGCAAUUGGUCAAUUUGUCCCAGGUGACUGAUAUAAUUAAAGUUGUAUUGAAGCUUUUUUUGCUCUAGUUCAGUGAAUGUGCUUAGAACUACAAUAACCAUGAGAUUCCUAAGAGAAUUUAACAACUCCUCAGAAGGUGCCUCUCUGUGUAAAGAAUCAUUGCCAGUUUUGUAUUUAAAUCUUUAUCACAGAUUGCAUGUUCAGAUACCAAAAAGCCUUGAUCUAGAUUAUUAAAGUUCAAAUUGAUUGUAGUAAUCUGUAACUAGAAUACAAAGGUAACUUAAAGCCUUGUUUUUUGUAAAUUUAUCAUUUUUGAUUUGAAAUGAUCAAAUUACUGUUGCUGUUCAAUUUAAUAAGCACUUUAGUUUUUAUAUUUCAGAUGAAUAUUUUGAUUGUCAGUAAGUCAAAUGGCAAGCUAUUCCUGCAUUUUCAGAUCCAGUGUAUUGUUUAAAAUAAGAGAUUUUGCCAUACAUUCCUGGCUAAAUUGAAUGGUUAAGUAGUUAUAGAAAGGGAAUAGCACUUACUCAAUGGCCACAAUUUUAAUCGAUGAGCGCGGUGACUUGUUUUAUUCCAAGUCAUUUGCAACUGUUGCAUCUAGAUUCUAGGAAAUUGAUUUUUUUUAUAAAAGAAAAGAUAUCCAGAUAGGUUGAAACAAAUCCUAGUAGGUACUGAUUUUUUUGGAUCCACUGUUUAUCCUUUGAAGAGUUAUGAUGGUAUGUUGAAUAUUGACAACUAAAAAAUAUCUAUAAAAAUCAAAAAUUAACCACUUGAUCCUGGUUGGAUUGAGUUCAUUUCGACGUUUUCACUUAGUUUCCGUACUCCACACUCUAAUAAUAAUCCCUCCAAAAAAACAAAAACAAUAAUAAAUUGGUCAUUUUCAAUACACGACUGUUUGUGGGACAAUGCUGUGCGCAAUUGGCUGCUGCGUUUUGCCCACAAUAUAUGGUCAAUUCGCUUUACAGUCUUCUGUGAAGCGCUUUGAGAUGUCGAAAAGCGCUAUAUCAAAUGCAAGGAUUAUUAUAUUAUGUUCACCAUGCUUGAAUAUUCCAAACCAGAGUUCCAUGAAUCCCACCUAAACAUGGAUUUUUUUUCAGUGAAUAGCACCAAACUCAUAAUCGGUGCUAUUCAAAUCCUAUCCAGCAAGUGUAUAUUCUAAUUGUAAAACAAAGAAAAUCGAUGUUUGUAAAAUGUAAUAAUGAAUGAAAGUUGCUAGCUGCUGUUCAUUGAUGUUUAAUUGGAUUUUUUUUUCUGUUGCAUGAAGAAAAUAUUGUUUUGGUGAACAUAAAAUCUUAACUAUUGGGUAACAGCAGCUGCAAAAUGUUCUUGGUUCCACAGUUCAUCAAUUAAAGAUCUUGCUCUGC